UCCGGUAGGAAAUAUGUUUGCGUUCUGACAUUAUCGUCGACUUCAUAACGCCAUAUAUUCGUGUUUAUGAAGAAGGUAUACUGUUGUUUGGGGAAGUUGAAACUUGUCGAAAUGGGAUUUUGGAAGAACUAAGUGGUAUCCAUAUAUUACUGUCUGUUCAUGUGAAAUGUGUUUCACAUUGGUGUCAAGUCUCAUUGGUCAGCUGAGAUAGCACAUGUGACAAUUAUUUUCAUGAUGUCCACAGUUCUUUAAAAAACUCCAUUGAGAUAGCAUGAUCACUUUAUCUAAAAAACUGAAGCAGCAGAGUCAGGCUAAGAAAGAUGCAGCUGAAGCCGAGAUACCCAGAAGGGUGUCAGUACGAGACAAACUACUAGUCAAAGAGGUGCAAGAAAUGGAAGAAAAUCUACCCAAGACAUGUCGUGCUCAGUUUGAUGACAUCAAUAAAAUACACAAGUUCUCACUAAUAAUUUGUCCAGAUGAAGGAUUUUGGCAAGGUGGCAAAUUCAAGUUUCAUAUAGAUGUGCCUGAGGACUAUAAUAUUGUGCCUCCUCAGGUUAUCUGCAGUACAAAAAUUUGGCAUCCAAACAUCACGGAGAAUGGAGAAGUAUGCCUCAGUCUCUUGCGACAGAAUUCCUAUGAUAGUAUGGGUUGGGCACCUACAAGACACUUGAAGGAUGUUGUGUGGGGAUUGAAUUCAUUAUUUUCAGACUUAUUAAACUUUGAUGACCCAUUGAAUGUAGAAGCUGCUGAACAUUAUGCUAGAGAUAGGGAAGGAUUCAAGGCCAAAGUUCGAGACUACAUAUCCCAGCAUGCAAAAAGAUAAUGACAGACUUUGUAGGUUGUGUUACAGACUUGACCCGCUUCCAGAUACUCUAUACUUGUACAGAAAUAUAACACCUGUAGAAGUGGUUGUAAUCAUGGCAACAUCAAUUAUAGAUCUCGAUGGAAAAAAGCAACUUACUAAUUCAAUGUUGCCAUUUGUACUGAAGCAUGGCUCUUUUGGACAUGGAAAUGUGUAUUCUGAAAGUGAACAGCGAAGAACAUCUGUAUUUUGAAAGUGACAAGUUGGCAGCAUGUUGUGUGUUUGUGCGACCUUGUGAUACAGCUUUAUGGCAGAGCUAUGAGAUGCAGCGAGCAGGUGGGAGGUAUCAGGAGAUGCAACCCUCCCAGAACUAUCAUUUUGUAUAAAGGUUAUCUUGUAUCAAGACGAUGGAUUUGUUAGCUAUGAUUAUGUUCAUGUGUAAGUGAUUACAUGAUGGAAUGAAACCUUAACUCAGCUACUUUCUCAAAUGUUGUUGGACUGUUUGGGAUUUGAGGACAUGUACAGUGAAAUGGUGACUGUUUCUGUGUUAGACAAAUUUGAUGCAAAAAUGAUGCAUUAAUUUCUCGAGAAUGGAAAGAUGGAAUGAGUUAGUGAAAAUAACUGGAUAACCAUCAUGACAGGUUGUUUUUACUUUUCAUUGUGCCAGCAAUUCGUGGUCACCUUCAUUUUGUUUUUGCUAACUGAGAAUCAGCCAAAUAUUUGUUAUGCUUUUGCCACUUGCCACUCACCCAUUGAAGAAAUUAGUCACAAGAUAAUGCAGAAAUAACAUUGCACAGCUUUAACAUCUUCACAUAUAGAUUAUGGGUAGUUAGGGCUCCAGCUAAACAUGGGCUUGAAGCCAUGUUUGCCUUGAUUAUGUCUCUUUGUUAGUCAGCACCUACUUGUGCCACUAUUCUCCUACAUCCCUUCAUAUAACUGUAAUACUUAUCAAAGUGACGUUUUACCAAACCCACCCAUUCAUGUAGUUCAAACAAGAGAGCGAUAUCAGAGAUGUGAUGAAAACUCUGUGUUGUCACUCAAUAUGGUAUGAAGCAGUAUUGUAUGAAAAAUAUGCUAAUGAACGCUGCAUCAUUGUGGUAGCUUGUACCAUGUGCAGGAGCUAUUUUACCUCAUGCAGGAUGUGUCUACUUGCAUUUGGUUAUUUUGAUACAAAGAUUUUCUGUUUGUUUCUUUCUUAAAAAGCGUGGUCUCCUUUUUUUACACUUGUGACAAUUGUGUGGACGAUACCUUAUUGUAAGCACACAUUUUGUACUGUUGUCAUCCCAACAUAAUAAACUCCUUCAAGUAUU